AUGGCCACCAUCCAGUCAGAGACAGACUGUUACGACAUCAUCGAGGUGCUGGGCAAGGGCACCUUUGGAGAGGUGGCCAAGGGCUGGCGGCGGAGCACCGGCGAGAUGGUAGCCAUCAAGAUUCUCAAGAACGAUGCCUACCGCAACCGAAUCAUCAAGAAUGAGCUGAAGUUACUACGCUGCAUGCGGGGCCUGGAUCCUGAGGAGGCCCAUGUCAUCCGCUUCCUUGAGUUCUUCCAUGACGCCCUGAAGUUCUACCUGGUCUUCGAGCUGCUGGAGCAAAACCUCUUUGAGUUUCAGAAAGAGAACAACUUUGCGCCCCUCCCUGCCCGCCACAUCCGAACGGUCACUCUGCAGGUGCUCCGAGCCCUGGCCCGGCUUAAGGAACUAGCCAUCAUCCACGCCGAUCUCAAGCCAGAGAACAUCAUGCUGGUGGACCAGACCCGCUGUCCCUUCAGGGUCAAGGUAAUCGACUUUGGCUCAGCCAGCAUCUUCAGUGAGGUGCGCUAUGUGAAGGAACCGUACAUCCAGUCACGCUUCUACCGGGCCCCCGAGAUCCUGCUGGGGCUCCCCUUCUGUGAGAAGGUGGACGUGUGGUCCCUGGGAUGCGUCAUGGCUGAGCUGCACCUUGGCUGGCCCCUCUACCCCGGCAACAACGAGUACGACCAGGUGCGCUACAUCUGUGAGACUCAGGGCCUACCCAAGCCCCACCUGCUGCAUGCCGCCCGCAAGGCCCACCACUUCUUCAAGCGCAACCCUCACCCUGAUGCCACCAACCCUUGGCAGCUCAAGACCUCAGCUGACUAUCUGGCCGAGACCAAGGUGCGCCCGCUGGAACGCCGCAAGUACAUGCUGAAGUCACUGGACCAGAUUGAAACAGUGAAUGGUGGUGGUCCAGUCAGCCGGCUGACUUUCGCAGAUCGGGAGGUGCUUGCUGAACACUCUGACCUCAAGAGCAUGGUGGAGCUCAUCAAGCGCAUGCUGACAUGGGAGUCUCAUGAGCGGAUCAGCCCCAGUGCAGCGCUGCGCCACCCGUUCGUCACCAUGCAGCAGCUGUGCAGUGCUCACGAGUCCACGCGCUACUACCAGCUCUCACUGCGCGGUUACCGUCUCUCCCUGCAGGUGGAGGGCAAGCCGGUGGCACCUACUAUGGCCACCGUGGAUGAAGGCUCACCCUACUACCCGCUGGCCGAGGAGGAGGAGGCAGCCCUGGGCCUGGGCAGCACUGCGGGCAGCGGACCUUUCUUCCGAGAGGAGAAGGCACCGGGCGUGCAAAGGGCCAUUGACCAACUGGAUGACCUGAGUCUACAGGAGGCAGGGCGAGGGCUGUGGGGUGACACCCAUGUGGAUGUGGUCCCUGAUGUGCUGGCCCCACUCAAGGCAGCUGGCCCUGGACGCCGGGUGGCCGACUCAGGUCCUGAGCCCAUUCUGGCCUUUUAUGGCAGCCGCCUUGCAGGAUGUCACAAGGCCCGCAAGCUCCCUGCAGGCUCCAAGUCGGACUCCAACUUCAGUAACCUCAUCCGAUUGAGCAAGGCCUCCCCGGAGGAUGAAGGUCCCUGUUGCGGCAGUGGCUGGGAGGAGGGAGAGCACCACGGGGUGUCCACCGAGCCUCCCACCAUUCCACAUCGAGACGGGGAUGGGCCCGACAUCAAGGACCUGGUCAUGGAUGCUGAGAGGCCUGUCCCUGAGCUCUUCGACCCCAGCAGUUGUUCUGGGGAAUGGCUGAAUGACCCAGAGUGGAGCCUGGAGGGUAUCCGGGGGCCCAGGGCUCAGGGCCUACCUCCCCGUCACCCCCGGGCCACCAGCUUUCUGCAGCACGUUGGUGGGCACCACUGA